UGAAAACAAUACUGUAGAUAAUAAUCAUUCUCUGAGCUCGUCUAUGUUGAGCAUGCAGGUUAGAAUUGGUCAACUGCGCCUACGUUUCGCGUCCCCAUGUCUAAACCAUUGCAAUCUCAUUAGGAGCUAGUCAACCUUGCUGGAUGGACGCUUGUAGAGAGAGAAGAUGGUGUAAUGACUUUAAACACCAACAUUAGGUUGCUGGACGAUUUAAGAGCCACUUUAUUGAAAUUACUAGGAGCCAUGUACGGGAGAGCUGGACUUCCUUUACGACCUGGUCCUGGAAAACCCGAUAUCUCGCAAUUUCAAACACCGUUUAACUAUGCUACUAACCGUCAAGCCGCAUAUCAAAACAUGAUCGUAUUUGAAAAAUUGAAUCGAUACCAAGACAACAGUCAUUCGUACCAGACCAUGCAAUUCGAGACGCCCAUUAUCAUCAAUGAAGUAGCGCUCGAGGAAGCCGUCGUCAAAUAUGCCGAUUGUGGAUUUCCGGUGUUCGUCACACCUACAAGAUGGCCAGACCGCUAUCCGUUCUGCACCUCAGAAUUCAGCCAAAGUACCCAUGCAACCAUAUACUGUACCACCAAUAUUCAUGGGUCUAGGUUCCAUCGACAUAGGGAUGUAGAAGUGGAACAGCUUGUCGAUCUGGCCUUUCCCAUCGUGCAUGACACUGACCUUGGAAACUUAAGUGUGGAGCUAAUAUGGAAAUUAUUCUAUCAGGUUACCUAUGAUCUAGACUACGGUUCCAUCGAAAAGGCAUAUCUCAAUAUCGGCAUUAUGGUGCGCGCCUGCUUUGCUCUGGAUCUACAUGUACCAGCUGGAUAUAGUGAAUGCAAGGAUAAUUUUGCCAUAGAACAGGCCAAAAGACUGUUUUGGUGUACCUGGCUAUUUGACUCUCUGGUUCCACAAUUCUUCGGCCUUUCUGCUCUUAUGAACCCCGAAGACAUCAAAGUUGACCUGCCUUGCAUCAUUGAAGGAAUGAACCAUUACGAAAUUGAAAGAACAGAGUACGUUCGUUAUAUGAUCAAGGCAAGGAUGAUCAGCCGGCAAAUCUAUCAGGCUAAAGCAACCUUAAGCAGCCAGGAGGAGGCACACGUUAUGCCUAAAGUGACAAGCCUAGAACAAGUUCUAAGAACCUUCCACGACGGCCUGCCCGCUUGGAUUAAACAAGAAGAGACCGGCUCUCCUAUAGCCGAGACCACCUGGAGAAGGCGAAUUCGCUUUUGCACCCUCAUUGAAAAUUGUACAAACUGGAUCUCUCUUUAUCGACAGUUUUUACCUCCCAUGGGAGAAUUGCGCAACUUGACCCAUUUGGAAAAAUUGGCACUCAGCCGGUGUACUGAAUCAGCCAACACUUUACAAACACUCUUUAUAGCUUGGCUUGCUCCCACCUUUCAAGAAACGGACUGCAUGUUUCGACCCUACUUGUAUCAUUAUAUGGCCACUAUCGAUACCUAUAAGGUAAGCUAACACAUAGCAUGGUGUUUCCUCCAUCCAUCACAUACUCAUAACAGUUGUUGCUUUUUAAAAUCCACAGUAUCUAGCUAUUUCGCCAUAUAUUGGUCAUCAACACCAACACUUCGCCCGACAGUCUUUAGUAUGCCUAUUAGAUCUCUACCGACAAACUCCAUUAUACCUAGCUCGCAAACGGAGCAAGUUGGAAGAGGACCUGGUCAAAUUUUUGAACAGCAUUUCCGUUUUUACCACAGUAUAAUUAUAACUAGGCUGAGCCAGUGAAAACUUACCAAUUAUGUACAUGAUACCCCCCCUCGAUUUGAUAUCCACCACCCACAGCAUAGACGUAGAUGAAAAUCAGA